UCAGUGCUUGUGUGAUUGUAGUCGCAAUUUUAAUUUCAGCAGUGAUAAAAAUAUACAUAUUCGUUCAUUUAAUAAAUCUUGUGUCUGUGUGUUGUGCUCGAAGUGCAGUUCACCCUGACACCGUAAGUUAACUAACUGAGGAUGUGGCAGAAUCAAGGCGUGUAUCCGGGAGAUCAAAAUCAAGGCGGCUACCCUCAAGGUGGCUAUCCCCCGCCCGGCGGUUAUCCCGCUCAGGGCGGGUACCCGGCUCAAGGCGGGUACCCGGCUCAAGGCGGGUACCCGGCACCAGGUGGAUACCCGGCACCAGGCGGGUACGCUCCACCACCGCAGCCUGGGUUCCAACCGGCAGGGUAUGGUGGCGCUGGAUAUGGCGAGCCCCCAGGUUACGGCCCGCCAGGAAGCGUGGGCGAGGAUGGCGACGUCAAAGGGUUCGACUUCAACGAACAGUCCAUCAGAAAGUCCUUCAUACGCAAGGUGUAUUCCAUCCUGAUGUGUCAGCUGCUGGUGACGAUGGGCUUCAUCGCGCUGUUUCUGUUCGAGAAACGCACGCAACUAUGGGUCGCUCGCAACACUUGGCUGUUCUGGGUGGCGCUGGUGACAGUGUUCGUGUGCCUGAUCGCGAUGGCGUGCUGCGAGACAGUGCGCCGCACCGCGCCCACCAACUUCAUCUUCCUGGCCAUCUUCACGGCGGCGCAGAGCUUCCUGCUGGGCGUCUCCUCCUCCAUGUACCAGACCAGCUCGGUGAUGAUAGCGAUCGGCAUCACGGCGGCGGUGUGCCUGGCGCUGACGCUGUUCGCCUUCCAGACCAAGUGGGACUUCACCACCAUGGGCGGCGUGUUACUGUGCGCCACAGUCGUCUUCCUGCUCUUCGGCCUCAUCGCGAUCUUCUUCCGCGAAGUUAAGAUCCUGCAUCUGGUCUACGCUUCAGUAGGCGCUCUACUGUUCUCCUUCUACCUUGUCUACGACACGCAACUGAUGAUGGGCGGCAAGCACAAGUAUACCAUCUCCCCCGAAGAAUAUAUCUUCGCAGCGUUGAACCUCUACCUAGACAUCAUCAAUAUCUUCAUGUACAUCCUUGCCAUCAUCGGAGCGGCCAGAGACUAGGAGUGAGAGGUUUGUCUAUGAUUUUUGGAGUAGCAUUCCCGUUUGUAUGAGCACAUCUUUUGUUUUUGGUUUUUGUGAUCUAUGGCAGUGUUUUUCAACCUGUGGGUCGCGACCCCCUGGGAGGUCGUGGAGCCUCUUUAUUGGGGUCGCGAGAACUCGUAAAAACUACUAAAUCAGAGAAGUUUUAAAGCUAGAUUUAUUCGACAUCUAAUUAUGCAAAUGCAUAAAUGUUGUAUAGAAUGAAGAAUUCGGUCCCUACAACAUCUUUGUAAAAGGCAUGAAAAAAAAAGCGAACGGUCGGGGGGUCGCAAAAAUUUUUUUCAUACUAGGGGGGUCGCGUCAUGAAAAAGGUUGAAAAACACUGAUCUAUGGCAUUAAAAAUGUUAGAGUAAUCUCUUAAUGCGUCAUUCCGAGUGUUUUAGUCGACUGUCUUAAAUUAAUGACGUAUCUAGAGAUAUUAAUGACGUAAUGCGUCAUGCCAUGAGCACAUUGGUAACUUUUUCUCAUCGAAUCAGAAUUUAAACAUAGAUAAUAUUUUAAUGUUAAAACCUAAGCUAUUUAAAGAACUGAUUUAAUAUAAUAGCAGCGCAAUACUCAUCUAACUCAUUAAAAUUAAAGGAUUGUUAAUUAUUAAAAGGUAUUAAAAAGAUGUGCUCAUUCACGUUUAAAUCGAAAAUCGUUGUGUAGAUAUUCUACGUGAUUGAUUUCACUUCUGAUUUCUUUGUAAAAAAAGUGUAACCUUGUUAUUCUUAAAAAAUUAAAACAACACCUUUUUCAAUUUACAUUUCGUCUCUUUCAAGAUUUAAAAGAAAGAGACAAAUACAAUACACGUUUGUUUUGACAAAACGACGUUUGUUUAAACAUAUUAGUCGAAAUUUGUCAUAAAAAACUAUUAUAAUUUUCAAUAUGGUCAAUUUUUGUUUUGAGUUGAUUAAUUUCAAUUCUGGCUUAAAAUGUAUUAGUUGUGUAUUUCUUAAAUGUUUCUAAUUUUAUUGAAAUUUCUCCAAAAAUUGGUCUUAUAAUUCGGUUUAAUUAUUUAUUUUAAAUACAUUUAUGUACAAAAUGUCGUUAGUCCUAAAUUCGUCAAUGGGAAAGCUCAGAUUGGUAUUGUCGGAAUUUAAUUUAGAUGAUUAAUUAAAUUAAAUAUUAUUAAAUAUUUUUUUAAUUAUUUUUGUCAAUGUGUUUCGCAUUUAUUUGUACAGGUAUCCGCGAAAUAUUUAUACAAUUCAAAGCCUUACAGCUUUGACAUAAAGUUGUAUAUUUAUUUUAGCGUUCAACUGUACACUUUUUAUACAACCGUUGCCUAACCUUAUAUUAAACUAACGUAGCUAGCGGCUCGAAUGAAAUGUAUAAUGGUAAAAAACCAAGGGAACGUCUAACAAUAAUUCGGAAUACAUAGAUUUAUAUUAAACCGAAUGUAACCUCUAUGCCUCUUCGUCUGUAUAGUUUGACCAAGUAAUAUGAAUAUACCACUACUACUUAAUAUUACUGCAAAUAAGUCACUAAUUUUCCAGUUUUAAAUAAGCAAAAAAUAGCUAUAAAUAAGCAAAUAAUGUUAAAAAAAUCUUUUCAAGUAUCAUGUAAGCUUGGUCAGACUAUACGGCUUGUGUUCUGAAACGACGCUAAAGUAUGAGCCUUUGAUUGGUUUAAAUAUUCAUUUUCAACUUUAAAUUCAUGCUAUUAAGUGUCAUUUCAGUAUACGAGCCAAAAAUUCAAAGAUUAGUUCUAAAUAAGCUGCGUGCACUCUUUAGUCGCUGCUAACUUACUACUCGGUGUUAGUAUUCGUUGAUAUUUACUUAUAAUGGUUUUUGGAACGGCGACACUCUCGAUUUACAUUGAAACUCCCUGACGUGUUGAGUGUUGCUAUCUCUGUCAUUCAUGCCGGCAUCUUUGUGUGAGUGAGAGGGAUAGUUUGAUGUUCAUGUUACUUGGACUCUAAAUAUUGAGCAACGUCUUAUUUGCAUUAGUCUGAACGGAAUUUCAUUUCUGUGUAAAAUUGUAAAUCGCUGGUGUCAUGUUCGUUCUCUACUCUUAUUGACAGUUGAAUCUCGAACUUAUUACGUUUAGUUAUAGUCGAGUUUCUAAUGUACGAUUCAUGUUAUUUUAAUUUGUUUCGCAUCGUAUAUUAGAUCAUCGGCUUUAUGAAUACUAAAGCCAUACUUUUAAAAAUCGAUGCUCAGUCGAUGUACAAAAAAUAUCCAAUCAACUGUCAGUAAGAGUAUUAUUAUUGUGUUAAGAUUCUAUUAUAUUAGAAGUGGUAUAUUAUUUACAUGUUUAUAAUAUUAUUCCUGAUAGUCUAGGUUAUGAAACUUGUAUGAACCAAACACAGCCUUGUUUAUGGGGGUGUGUCUAUGGUCACCUUAUGAUAGUCCCAAGUGGCUUGUGGGUAGACAGAAAACACUCCUCUAGAUAACAUUUUCACAGAUUAUAUUGUAAUUAAAGCUGGUUAAUAAAGCCAAUCCUCAACGAACCAUUAUUUAAUUUUAAUGUUACCAAGCAAAUACCUUAAAAAUAUUCAACUUCUAUUAUACUUAUUAUUAUGUUAAUGUAAUGCUGUAUAUUAGAAGUCGCUUUGAUGUGCUUUAAACUUACCGUUCUAUGCCUUAGAUAUAAGGAACCAAUAAAACAAUAAUUAUAAUAAUAAUUGGCUUUUUUAUUAAUGGUACUGAUAUAAUCGUAGCUCUAAAAUAAUGUCGGAUGAGAUUUAAUUUAAAAUAAAAAUCGUUGCAUCAUUGUAAUUACUAGUCAAAAUGAGCACAAUAAUCUUAAUACAAAACCAUAGACCAUUUUGUGUGUUCCACGAAUAUUAAGUAUAAAAUAUUAAAUAAAUAACGAAGCUUUGGUAUGUUUGUAUUAAAUUAAAUUGUUGUUUGGUAGCAAUAGAUGUAAAUGAUUUGAUGGCAAAUGAAUGAACGCUCUGUACCUACAGACAGAAGAGUUAGUUUCGUUUAAAACUUCUAAAAUUAUUGUAAACUUACGAUGUAAAAAACAUCUAUGACAGUACUAGUCGGUUUGUACCAUUUUUAGAGCGUUGUCUCUUGAGAAAAAAAUAAUUCAAUUGCUAUUUUCAAAACUGAAAACUCGAGUCAGUGAUGUGAUAAUCUUAGACUGCAUCCCACUUAACACCAGAGGUGGAAUUGUGUAAUAAAGCAAUCGUAAUCAUUUGACGGUUCAUAACGUACGAUAAAGUCAGUUAAACAAAGCGUUUGACAGAAUAAUCGUACGUUUUGAACUGUCAAAUGAUUACGAUUGCUUUACACAAUUCCACCUCUGGUAUGAUUGUGGUCAAAUACUUGCCUUUUUAUACAUAAAAAUUUUGUUUUUCAAAACACAACUUCACUAUGGGCAUAUGAUGUCUUACACGUACACGUACGAAACUCGCUAAAGAAAGUUUUGUUACAAACAAAUAGUUAAAAUAUUUUCUGUAUCUAAGAUUGGUAAGAUACAAAACUCUUCAACUAUCCGUCUUUGGAAUGAUACGUACAGGGGUGAAUAAGAUUGUGUUAAAGAUAUGGUCUGAAAUGUAAUGUGACGUAGCUUAGAGACGUAAUGAAUAUAUAUUUCAGAUUUAUAGUAUUGUAUUCGGUUGACGGCUUAUUUAUUCCUUUAGCGUCGAAAAUGUUCAAAGACUGGUGGCCUAUUAACGCCGUAGGACGCGUAACAAUGCUUACUAUAGAAAACUGACGUUUUGAUAUCUUUCAGACGUUGACAUCGGCGUAUAGUUCCAAAAUACCCCCCUAGACAAAGCGCACUUUUUGAUCGAAUCGAAAAUCAAAUCCGUCAAAACUCCAUACAAAAAAGGGGCUUUUCGACCACUUUUCGACUGGUUUGCGAUUAUAAUUUGCGCUUUGUCUAGACCCACAGAACUGUCCUAUGCAUGACAUUGACAGUGGGGCGCCACCGUCAAUACCGGAUCGCUGAUUUCGAUUUUUGCCAUGUUGGAAACCAUAUAGUUGAACGAUGGUAGCGCCCCCCUGUCAUUGAGUUUGGUGGGACAGUUCAGCGUGGGUCAUCUAUAUGGACGUCGAUAGGAACGUUUGACGCUGACGUACCACGCGUAUAGAUCGUUUCAUCCACGAAGACACGCCCAUCAAUUUUUGGUCGAGGGAAGCGCGGGGUGCGGGGAGUUUGAUCCGAGCGUCCAUUAUUGUAGUGUGCACUCAUGGAUAAUUUAGCGUGUACCGAUAACACUCAAACAUUUGCGGAAGAAUCGUGGGGCGCGUCUUCAUGGAUGAAACGAUCUAUAAGAGGAGACCAUAGCCUAAAGCCGGUUCCAUUCUUUGGCAGUAUGCAGUAACACAUUCCGUUAAAAACAUGUUAAAACAAAUAAGCCGUCGCUGCGAUAAAAAUGUUGUUUAUUGUACAAAUGAUUCACAUCAAUAAAUGUUUAUUCUUCAUGUG